UUCAUGCCACUAGCGAAGUCUUCUCAACCUGCACGCGUCCAUUCAAAUACAGCUCUCUUCAACCUCGAGCUUGACGAGGACGUGGCACGCCUUGACGCGUUCGACAGGGCCAAAGCUGGGGCCAUAAGCUGGAACCCAGUCGAUGUAACAGAAUAG